AUGUCUUUUGGCGGUGGCGGCGGUUUCUUCGGCUCGAAUAACACCACUCAAAACACGGGGUUUGGAGGGUUUGGCAAUAAUACCAAUGCUAGUACAGGGUUCGGUACAAACACGAGCACUACUGGUUUUGGUUCCAGCACAGCGACCGCAAACCCGUUCGGAGGCAGCACUUUCGGGCCCAAUACUGGAGGUUUUGGUGGCAAUACCAACACGUCAACCACUCUUUUUGGCUCCAAACCUUCCACGAAUACCUUCGGCUCGACAACCACAAACACAGGAGGUGGACUGUUCGGAAGUUCAAACACCAACUCUGGGUUCGGGUCAACAGGUGGUUUUGGAAGUAACAACAAUGCGUUUGCCAGUAACACCGGUGGCACAGGGUUCAACUUUGGAGGCGCGUCGAAACCUGCGUUUGGGUCGAGCACCAACUCCACUCCCUUGUUCGGCCAAGGGGGUGCAGGAACAACCGGCGGAUUCGGGUCAACUUCAAGUCCAUUCGGUGCUGCUGGUAGCGGAACGGCUCUGAGCAACCAGCCUGUUCCUCCGUCAGAAGGCACCCUUUCCACACCAUAUGCGCCCACGCUCGAGAAAGAAGCUGCGGGUUUAUCCAGCAACUACCAAAGCAUCAAUUUCAUGCCACCAUACCAAAAAUAUUCGUUUGAAGAGUUGCGAUUAGCAGAUUACAAUGCGGGUCGAAGGUAUGGCAACGCCACGGGUCAGGCAGGUGGUUUCGGCCAGAACACUUUUGGAGGCUUUGGAGCGAACAACGCAGGCUUUGGCAGCAGUACAAAUGCCAGCCCUUUCGGUCCUACAACCACAUCGUCAGGCUUCGGCUCCAAUACCGCCACGGCCGGUUUUGGCAGCACUGGCCUGUUCGGAACCAAGCCUGCUGGUGGAAAUUUAUUUGGCCAGCAGUCCUCUGCCGCCCCUUCUACGGGUCUAUUUGGAACCUCCAACACCGGAACAAAUACAUUCGGUGCAGGAAGUGCUGGCUUCGGGUCCGGAGGCAGUCUCUUCAACCAGAACCAAAACCAGAGCAAGACAUUAUUUGGCAACACCACCAGCACCCCCCCAACGUUCGGGUUUGGCACCACCAACACUACCAAUGCCAACACAGGAACUGGAUUGUUUGGCGGCAGCAAUACGAAUACCCCUAACACCGGGGGUUUCGGUGCGAAUCAGCAACAGUCUACAACAUUGUUCGGGAACAACAACAAUCAACAGCAAAAGGCUCCCCUUUUUGGCAAUGCAGGAGGGUUUGGAGCCUCUGCAAACCAAAACCAACAGCCAGGUGGCAUGUUUAGUAACACUAACGCAUCCACCGGCAGUGGCCUUUUCACCAACAACAACGCCGGUACCAGUGGCGGAAUGUUCGGCACUAACAAUACCACCGCGGGUACUUCCAUGUUCGGAACCAAUGCCAACAAUCAGCAGAAGCCCGGUAGCAUCUUUGGCGGGAGCACACUGGGAACCACAGGCACGAACACUGGUGGAGGCCUCUUUGGGAAUAACAACAAUCAACAGCAAUCGGGAAACUUGUUCGGAACUGCGAAUACAGCCCCAAGCACAGGGUUUUUUAGCAACACUGCCAACAAACCUGCAACCAGCUCGUUCUUCAACAACACCAACACUCAGCAAGGUGGUUUUGGUGGCUCGACUGGUGGCUUUGGAAAUAUGUUCGGUAACUCACAGAAUAACCAACAAAAUCAGCAGCAACCAGACUUCAAAGUUUCGUCCCUGAAUGAUCCCAACCCGUACGGUCAGACAUCCAUCUGGACUGGACUGCCAGUACCAACGCCAGAUAACUCCAAGCCACUUUUCACUCCAUUGUCUGCCACCCAAAAGUUGAAGGAGAGCCAGUCAAAGCCACCACCGAGUCUCAGACUCAACCAGUCUCGUUACAUGACGCCACCCCGUCGGUCUGGCUUUGGCUUCUCUUACUCAACAUAUGGCACACCAAACAGUGCAGCCAGUACACCUGGCGGAAGUGGCUUGAGCAGCAGUAUGUAUGGUAGUCGUACUUUCAACGGCGGCAGUUUCGGUCGCUCGUUUGGCAAGAGUGCAUCUGUCAGCAAUUUGCGGUCUCAAUUUGCAGGGGAUGCUGAAGGUGUCCUUAGCCCUAACGCAUUCGCUUCCACCAAUACCAGGUGGUCAAGUGGCAAUAUGCGUCGGUUGACCAUUGAUCGAAGCAUCAGAAACGACCUUUUCAGCCGACCUUCGCUUCCCGCCUUUCCGACAAACGCCCUAAAUCAAUCAGUCAAUGGGAACAACGAGUUGAAGAAGCGCGUGAGCUUUGACAAAGAUACCACUGGUGGUUCGAAUGGGGUCUUGAAUGGCGAAUCCGGAGCUUUGGUACUGACCGAGGGCGACCAAGAUGAGGCAGAGGGUACAACUGCUGGCAGAACUGUGAAUGGCACAGCUACACCCGAGGCUGAACCAGUCCGCGGCAAUGAACUUGCUGUUGUCCCAGAAGAUCGGGAGUCCGACGAUGUCAUCUCACGGAAGACGACUGUCCAAGCCAAGCCAGAUCCACAGCCCGGGGACUACUGGAUGAAACCGACACGUGCUGAACUGAGCAAGAUGCCUCGUGAGAAGCUGUCCCGAUUUGUAGGAUUUGAAGUCGGUCGAAAAGGAUGUGGCAAGGUCGUGUUCAACGGUCCCGUUGAUCUCACCAGUCUUCCCUUGGACGACCUUUACGAGAAGAUUGUGGAAAUCCGUUUGCGAUCAGUUACAGUCUAUCCCGAUGCAAGUUCCAAACCACCGGUCGGCAAGGGUUUGAACGUACCGUCGACAAUUUCUAUUGAGAACUCCUGGCCGCGAUCUCGUGGUCAGCCAUCUUCCGCCACAAGUGGGCCUAUCUUCGAGAAGCACGUCAAUCGCCUCAAAAAGAUGCACGGCACUGAGUUUGUGAAUUACGAAGUGACCACGGGUGUGUGGACGUUCCGGGUUCCCCACUACACCCGCUACGGCCUAGACUACGACGAUGACGACGAACUGGGCCAGAGUCUGCUGUCUGCUCCCCCUGACUCGCUGAACAGCUCUCGCUCUGAAGAGAACUCAGGGAUGGACGUUGACAGUGAACCACAUGAUGACUACGAGGCUGACGGAAACGAUGAUACAUUUGCGUUCAAACAAAAGACACUGCCCGGAGGCUAUGGCCGGCAGUCUGUUGUCGAUUAUGGCGAUGAUGUUCCUGCGGCCGAGACUGUGGAAGAAGGUGCAGAGAGUUCUGAAUUGGAAGAAGACUACUCCGACUACGGCGACGACGAUGACAACGAAGUGAGCAUGGUAGGCUCGUAUCCACCACCUGCUGCCAACCCCAGCAAACCGAUCCUCAAGCCCAGCAAUGUCGGUACGCCCGGAAAGGCUCUCAUUAACAUUGAUGGCGACUGGGCGGAACAACUUCAGCGCACUAUCAGCCCACGCAAACAGAACCGCGACGCUCUUCGACAAGUACAGAGCAAAGUCCUUUUGGAUCGCACAUACGAGCCGAUGAAACCGAGCCUUGACUUCGGCAAGAGCGUCAACAAGAACGAAUUUCGAACGAGCAUCGACAUUAUGAAUUCGCUUUUCAGCAGACACGAGGAAAGAAUGGCCGAGUUGAAAGGAAAAAAGGGGAAGCCGCAGGCUGGUCCGGAUUUUGAGUUCCCCUAUGCAAAGCGUGCAAAGACAUUUGAAGACCAAAUGCGAGAUGAUUCUGCUGAACUCGGCGAAAACGAUAAACUCUGGCAUGCAAGUUUCAAGCCACACUUCACGUCCGUCAAUCAGCUUGUCUACAAGCCAGUGAAUGCGCCUGUCGAAAGCGAUUGGAUCACAGACGUGAUGGCGCAUAGUGAAGCUACAGGUACGGACAUUGUUAUGGCUUCGCUGCCGCCAGUCAACAUUGAUAAUGUUGCUACGUACGUCAAGUCCAUCUUGGCAGACGCUCAAGUGGUCCUCAGCGACAGUGUUCCCUCAAUUAAACACGAUGCCAUGGCCUUUUCUCAGGCCAAAGACCGCCUCAUACAGCAACACUGCGCUACCGAAGAACUCGACAUUUACGAAUUACUCCACGUUCUUUUCGAUGACUACGAGGACGAGUUUAUUCAAGGUCUAAACCAUCAGCAACAACAAGAUUUCCAGCCGCGUAUCCGCAGAGAUCGCCUAUCAAAGUAUCUCUCAGAGCUCGUAUGGCGUCGCCACGGCGAGCGCAUCAAAGCGGCCUCGAAGCUUGACGGUGCGGCAGCAGCCAUCCUGCAACUGACGGCGAACAACAUUCAUGCUGCAUGUGACGCACUCAUGCAAGAAAAGGACUUUCACCUUGCAUUGUUGGUCGCACAAAUUGGACAGGCUGAUUCGGCUUUUCAGCAAGACAUCGAAGAUCAAAUCUCCGCGUGGCGCAGCCAAGGAGUUAUCUCCGAAAUGAGCGAGGGGAUUCGCGCUUUGUAUGAGAUACUUUCGGGGAACACCAGCAUCGUCCAGGGAAAGCAGAAUGUGCCUGUUGAAGACCGUGCCUCAACCUUCGCCAUCUCAGAAAACUUCGGAUUGGAUUGGAUACAGGCCUUUGCGCUAUGCUUCUGGUAUGGCAAGCACAAGAAUGGCGAGAUCCACGAAGCGGUAGCGGAUUUCCAGGAGAGAUUACAUUCGAGACUUGAAUCCGCCACCCCUGUAUGUGGGAAGCAUGAGGAUGAGGAUCCCCUGUGGGUAGUGUUGAAGAUCUUCGCGAGCAACGUUGGGGCUAGCAAGGGACGGGCUAGCAGCAAGUCUAACGCUUCCGCCAUCCGCCACGUCGAGAAACCUGUUCUCCCCCAAGCUCUCUCGGCGUUGUCACGUCCUUGGGAUUCUUGGGGGACGUUCCGCCUCCAUCAUGCCAUCGUUGCCACGAUCCCGGGAAUAUCAAUCGAUCGGGACACUUCCGAUGACCUAGCUAUGUCGCUUGCUUUCGAGCACUCGGCACGCAGAGACACGCUGGGCGCAGUAUAUGCACUUCUCCACCUUUCCGAUCCGGCGCAACGAGCAGCUCAGAUCCGCGAUCUCUUCAGCCGCCAUGCCGCAUCACUACCAUGUGCACCACGUAUUGGCAACGCCUCGGCCGGCCAAGAGUCAUUGUGGACCGCUUUCACUGCCUCUUUCCAGAUCCCUGGACCAUGGAUUCACCAUUCGAAAGCCCUUUACGCGCGCUCAUGCAACAAUCCCCUUGCGGAAUUGAACCACCUUCUUGCUGCGGGAGACUUUUGUAGCGCUCAUGACUGCUUACUACGCCGCGUAGCUCCACGCUUAGCCAUCGACGAAGAUUGGGAUGCUCUGCGUGAGGUAUUGGGAUGGUUCGGGAAUAAAGCAGAGCAACAGGUCAACGCUGCAGUGGUUGGCAACGGCGUUGACAGGUCAGGAACUGAGUGGGAAAACGGAGGACAAGUCUAUGCCGACUUUGUGGAAUUGAUGUCGCUGAUGGACAACUCGAUGGCGCCACGACACGGUGUCGCCGAAGGCGUUAUACACACGAAGCUCAGAGCAAAGCAAGACCUGCUUUCCCGACUCCAACGCUCGCUGACGCGUCUGAACGCGCGAUCUCAAGCCACGGCAUCAGCUCAGGAACUGGGGUCCUCGGAUUUGAACAAGGAUCGUGAGAAGCUCGAGGAGAGAGUGGCACUGUGCGAGAUGGGAAAAAUGCUUGCGAGGAUUCUGGAGUUGGAGAUUCAAGACGGCGUUGGUGAAAAGAAGCAUAUCCUCGACCUCCCCCUCAACACGGAUGCACGGCUCGCUCAUGCCCGAACAUUGGGCGUGGAUUACUAUCGUGGUGUAAUGGCUAUGGCACGUUGA